AUGGCGUCAGAAUUCAAAAAAUGUGUUAGAACAGAAUGUUCAGAACAGGCCGAGACCAUUGGAGGCUGCUGGAGGCAGGGGGCGGAGCGGGUUCCCCGGAGUCUUGACCGAACGCGCUCGGUAGCGGAGCUGGGCGCUGGGCGCCGGGCCGGAGCUGGGCGUGCAGACCGCCGAGGAAGGAGGGCGGGAGGGUCCCAGUGCGGAAGGGGUCUCGAAGCGGGAGUAGGUGCGGAGGCUGCUACCUGGCCGUGGCUCCCGUGGGCAGUCCCGGUUUUCCUUCGGCGUUGGCCGCUGGGAACCAGCAUCUGUCAACGCUCGCUCCUCCUCUCCCCUCCUCCUUCGGUCGGCCGGCCGGGCUCUGCCAGUGGGGGACGCGGGACCCGGCACGGAGAGCCCUUCAGCUGUCAGGCGAGCGGCGGAGCGACCCACGGAGGCGUUAGACACACAAAGAACGCGGUGAGCGGCGGCAGCGAAAGGGGGCGACAAUUUCGGGACAGCAACUCCCGGCCGCACCCGCUCGUGCCUCCGCCGCCGCCGGGGCUGGGUCCGAGGCCGUGGAGACAAUGCGGCCGGGCUGAGAGUGUCGGCCCCUACUUGACGGUGCCCCGGUUCGCCCAGCCCCCUCCCGGCCGGCCUGGCCCCUGGCCGGGAAAGGGGCGCCCCCUCGUUCUCGCGGCCGGUGCAGAAGUCGGUCCGCCGGCGCGGAGCCCGACAACUUGCCAGCCGGGAAAAGUUUGCGCCCCCUCCGCGGGGCGGUGCGGCCCGCCCCUGGCGUCCGCGGUCACCGUCGGUGACUUUCUGGACUCGUCGUCAGCCAGGGCGGCGGCGCGGACAGCGGGGACGGCGGGGGAGGGCCGGAGUCCGUCCGAGGGCUCAGGCGCCCGGGGCUGCGGUGAAAAAAUAAAUUACCCAUUACUUGUUUUAAAGACGCUUCUCAAGACUGUCUACGCUGCUGAACCACUUAAAGCUCUCAGGGCUGGGGCUGAGAACAGAAAACCAAGCUUGAGGGUAAAGUGACAGGUACCCUCAAGUGAUACCCUAAGCUAUCCCUUCGUCCCUUUGGAUUCAGUUUAGGGGGAGAAUAAGGCUUUUAAUAAACAAGGAAGAGAGUACAUGGGGCAGGUGUUUUUUUCCCCUGUUGUUUUUAUGUAUUGCUUCUUUCUACUGAAAACUUUUGCGGGGGCCAGUGGGGGAUGGGCUCUAACUUCUGACAAGGAAAAGAAAAUGUCACUUAUAACCAAAGUUAAUCUUAAACUAGUGUAAAUAUUUCUUACAGGAACAGUAACACAUAAUGAAAGUACCUCUUGAUCUAAUUUUAAUGAAGGGUUGAAAAUAGCUUCUGUGUUUAGUAUCACUGACGCCAAGAUGGCUCACUUACAUAAUCUUUGUUGGGGAUGUGUUAGUGGUAUGUAUAAUUUUGAUGAAUUAAUUAUGUUAAAGCUUUGAUCUGGUAAUAGUAUUGAAAUACUGUCAUCACAGGUUGUGUUGCAAUACAAUGGAGUGUUAACGUUUGGUUAUUAUGAUAACCCUCAUUUUUUCCACAAAAAGUGAAAUCAAACAUUUUUUCUAACCACAGUUUUCUCAAAUAUUAAAUAUCUACUUGUUGCUACUAAAUACAAAAAAAAAUUUUUUUGUUCUCUCAAUGAUGAGUUUCCCCAGUUUUCUCACCAUUCAUGAGAGUGCCUUCUAGAUGUCAGGUCCUUCACUGGCAUUUUACCUUCUCAUAAGAAUUAAGCUUCUUAAUAAGCUUCUCAUGGAGCCUAUAACAACAAAAGUUGAUUUUUAAAAUAUAGAUACUCAACAAAUAUUUGCUGGAUAAUAAUUUAAAAUUUUUUUGCCCAACCUUAAAGAGAAUUAUUAUCGUACUUUAGGGGAAAGAAAGAGGGUAUCAUAAAAGCACUGGGGGGGGGGGAGGUGAGCUUAAUUCUAGUAUCUAAUCUGAAAGUUUAUAGCUUAAAAUAAGGAUUCAGAUUUUGAAAGAGACCAAGACAGUUGAUAGGGGUUUCUGGGAGAAAGAUAGCAAUACUGAUUUAACAUAAUACCCUUUAUGACCUAGCUUCUUUGAAGAACUAACCUUUGAAAAGGUAUAUUCCUUAAAUAAUCAGUAGGUGUUUGCAUUGUGAUUGAAUAUAUAAUUAAAUGGCCUAAUCAUACUGUAAUAUUUCACUUGAGUGCUGUCUCAUUUUUAAACUCAUUUUUAAAAUAGCGUGAAAUAAGCCUUUCAUUGCAGUUGUGUGAAGGAAAAUGUAUCUUUGAAAUCAAGUAAAUCUGCAGUGAGAAAAAUUAUCUCCAAUCUUAUACCAAAUAUAAAAUAAGCAUUGGAAAUAACAUCUUUCCAAGAAGGUCUUCACUCUAGACAAGCACUCUGUGUGAAGAGAUCCUAUAUGGACUGCAUCAUUCAUGAGAUAUUUUGUUUUUCCCAAGGGACCUCUCUAUUGAUAUCAGGAAAAUAAGUCCUCGACGUUUCUAAGCCUGGAAACUUCUGGAAAGCCUAGUGGCUUUAUUUAAAAGUGACCACUCAAUCCAGAACCUGGCAUUAAAAUUUGAACAUACUUUCUUUGUGGAAUGUGUUUCUCUCAGAGCAGGUUCCUGGUUAGACAGCCUCGUGGGGGUUUAAUGUCCCUGUGAGUGUGGUUCUUAGACCAUUUGUGUCAGAAUCUUCUGUAGUACUUGGAAAACUUCAGACUCUUGGGCAUCUUUCUAUGCUUAGAGAAUUAGAAUUGCUGUUAGCAGAAUCUAAAACCUGUAAUCUUAACAAAACUUUCCCAAAUUACACUAAAGUUUAAGAAAUAAUGUUAGAGUUUUCUUGACAGUGUUUAAUGACAGCUGUUGCUUUCAUUAGUAGCAUUAAAAAAGCAUCCUGACAAGCCCACUGCUCUGGUCACUUUCC